UUUUCUAUGUCUAUAUUUCAGAGUGAAGACGAACUUGUUAGUCGCCUUGUAAAAAAGAUCACUGAAAUUCAAAAUGCUAUUGAAUCCAAUAAAGUAAUACAGAAAACAAAGACUUCAUUACAACAUCACAAGUGCGCAAGUACAAGUCAACAAGAUGUGAAUGAUAAAUACAAAGGAAUAGCAGAAAAGUUGAGCAUCAAAGGCCACCAAGAACUAUCUCGAGCAGUUGAACAAUACAAAGCAGAAUUUUUACAGCCUUCAAGGCCUAUUGGAUUUCACGAAACAAAUCAAUCUAUUCUAAAAUAUGAUAUGCUGCGUCUGUUGCUCUCACUCUCUUCUUCUCUAAAUCAAGACUACAAUUACAAGCCAAAGUUACAACGCAUCUUACAAAAAAAGCCACUUACUUGGAAAGAAGUGGUGGACAAUGAUCCUUUAGAGGGAGACCAUUGGAAUCAAUGGCCUGAAGACACAUCCAGCGAUGGCAAUCUAUCCGACUACGAUGAGGAUCAGACACAAACACAACACCAAAAGAAGGACACAGGUAUGUUGGAUAUUGAGCCUUUGAAUUAUACAAAUCGAAUGGAUAUGGACACUCGGUCAGAUCAGGAUGGACUCCGUUAUCUUGAGAGGCAACAGUAUUGGAGAGACGAUUUUAAUCUGCCAAAAGAAACUCUACUCGAGGAUACAUUGCUUCAAAAUGCAUGUCAAAUGAGUGAUACACUUAUGAAGCUCUGGCAACAUCAAACAGGUCAAGAUCAGAAAAAGACAAUAACAGAAGCAGGUGUUAUUAGAGAAGUCUUGUCUUUACUUAGAGGAUUUGGUGGUAUCUUGUUUGUGAAAGAAGAUGAUCAGUUCUUGCUGAAUGAGCAAUACAUGGUACAGCAUCUUAGUCAACAUGCUUUAAGUUCCAUACUAAACGAAUUCAAUGUCUAUGGCAACAUGCUGCUUAAAUUAAGGCAGCAACUCAUGCACUCAUCACCCAAGGAUGGCCAAACAAUGGAAGCCUUUGUUUCCGUUGUUCAUCAAUUGCUGGCCGAGUUUGAUGGCUUCUUGGCAACACUAGAAUCCAACACCAGUUUUAUUACACAAGACAAUACAUUGGUUAUCUCUCUACUCCAGCUACGCAAGCAACUGAGUGAGUCUCUUGAAAGUCUGAAAGCUGUGUACAGAAUCGCAGCUGACAUGCCAUUCGAAAAGACUCCAAAGUGUAUUGCUAUUUUUCUUAUUUCUAUUCUUUAUGAGCGUACAAUGAUAUCCCACAUAACGGGACAAGAAUCCAUCUAUCAUACACUGCUAUAUGUCUUGCAAAAGACUCUUGUUCCUUAUGGACAUAUGAUGGAUGACUGGGUGUUCUUUGGAUCUUUGAUGGCAGAUAGAGCAAGGGAAUUUUAUGUGACAAGAAAUGAUGCUGUGUCUAAGCAUGAUUCUAACUUUUGGCUGAAUGGGUUUGUGAUGGAGUCUGUUGCUCAUGAAAAAUGCUAUCCCUGUCCUUUAUUUGAUGAACGAGUGAUGGCCCGUGUGUUGUUUGCUGGUAAAGCCAUGAACCUUUUAUCACACAAUCAAAAGUCAAAGGGAGUUCAUUUUGAGCAAGUCAUGCAUCAGUUUAUCCCAACCAAGUCAUUCUUUAUUCAACCUGUCUCCACUCAAAGACAAUCAGAACCUGUAUCGUCUCUUGUGGCUGCUUUCUUUCCGUUGGUUACGUUCAACACACCAUCCAGAGAACCAGACACAAUAGACAACAUGAACCUACUAUUUGACCAAAGCUUUCUUUCUUGCUUGGAGACAUACAUUGACAUACCCUAUACAGAAGCAGCCAAAGCACUUGAUGUUUUGCUGUAUGAAAAGUGUCAAUUACUCGAUCAAAUGGCUUCCUUGUUCUCUAUCUAUCUUAUGCUCGAAAAUGAUUUAAUGCAUUCCUUUUGUGAGGCUCUAUUUAGACAAAUGGAUCAAAAGGAGUUCUGGCUGAAUCCUCGUUUAUUGAAUCAAACAUUUGCCAAUGCCUGUGAAACAAGUGGAUAUGAUGAAAUUGUGUAUAUUGGUAUUAGGGAAUCAGCAGAAGGAUUAGUCACACAGGCAUCCUCUUUGGAGUUACUGGAGUUCAAAGUGGAGAUACCUUGGCCCUUGAACAAUUUUAUUCAAAAGAACCUUAUACCAAGCUAUUCAAAGAUUCUGGGCUUUUUAUUACGACUCAAACGGGCCAAAUAUGUGAUGGAAAAAAAGACGUUCUUCAACAAGAGAUCUACACUUGAGAAAAGCAAUGUUCGUGCCAUGAAAUUCUAUUCACUUCGAAUGAGAAUCUUGUGGUUUAUCAAUGCUUUUUGGCGAUACAUGAUGACAACAAUUCUUCAUGCAGAGACCAUCAAUUUUAGAGACAAGCUGUCUAUUUCAAAAGAUGCAGAUGAAAUCACUGCCUUACACAAUUCAUUAGUGCAACGUAUUGUUGAUCGUUGUUUAUUGAAUGACAAGGCUAUUUCAAUUAAGAAGUCCAUUGCAAGUAUAUUUGAUAUGGCUGAACAAAUGAAGUACUUGUUUGAAGAACACAUACAGACAAACAGUGAACAAGAUAUAGACCAUACCAUGAAUAUCAUUGAAAAGGAUUUUCAUCGUACCAAUGAAUUCAUAUCCAUCAGUUUAAUGAUAUUGGGUAAAAAAGGCAAUUUUCCAUGGUUUGAGUCAUUGGCCACCACAUUGUUUGCUCAAUAAAUAAUAGACAUUUUUCUUAACAACAA